UGUUGAGAGAGAGAGAUUGAGAGAGAGAGAGAGAGAGAGAGCGCUGAGAUCUGCUUUGUUUUUAUUUUACUCUCUGUUCUCUCCUUUAACUCGCUACGAGUUUUCCAUACACUACUUCGCUCUUUCCCCUGCUUCAGACCCUGCAUUUGAUCCUACUGAGUCAACUCGCUCUCUCUCUCUCUCUCUCUGCUUUUUCCAUUGAGCUAAGGUUGCGGAGCUUCAUCGUUUUGGCUCACAUUGAAUCGUGUGUUCACUCCCACACUCAUGUUGUGGCUGAUUUUACCGGAGCUCCGGUGAUCGUGGAGGUUUCCGGUAGUUGGUGGAGCUCCGGCGGAGCUUGGAUAUUGCUAGGAAGACGCGGAGCUGAGAGAAGAGAGAGAGAGAGAGAGAGAGCGAGAGAGAGAGAGAGAGACAGAGGAGAUGUUCAGGUCGGCGAGGUGGAGGAGCGAGAAGAACAAGGUCAAAGUGGUGUUCAAAUUGCAGUUCCAUGCAACGCAGGUAUCGCAGUUUUGUGCAGAUGCAUUGAUGGUGUCUUUGAUCCCUGCGGAUGUGGGAAAGCCGACUGUGAAAUCAGAUAAAGCUAUGGUUCGGAACGAAACCUGCCGUUGGGAAAAUCCAGUCUAUGAGACCGUGAAAUUCAAUCGGGAACCGAGGACUGGGAAGAUCAGUGAGAGGAUCUACUACGUCCAUGUCUCAAAUGGAUCGUCAAAAGCAGGUUCUAUUGGGGAAGUUUCUAUUGAUUUUGCUGAUUAUGCGGAGGCCACAAAGCCAUCCUCUGCCUCUUUUCCCCUAAAGAAUCCAAACUCAGAUGCCGUUUUACAUGUUUUGAUCCAGAGGCUGCAUGCAGAUGCCGAUCAAAGAGAGGUGGAAGAAUGUGAAGAUGCGAAAAUAAAAUCUGAAAAUAGGAGCUUGAAGACCUUCUUAAGCCAUAGUGAUGCAGAUGAAAGUGUUACAAAUGAUCCUACUGAGGGUGGACCAUCCAAUAAAACUACCCCUGAUGCUGACUUGAAUUGUACCUGUAGAGCAUCAAUUGGAUCUGACGUCACAUUAUCAAGUUCAGAAAGCAGCUCUGGACUUGAUACUCCACGAGAACUUGGACUGAGAAAUGGUAACAUCCAUCAGGACCCUUCUAGUUUCCUAACAUCUGUGAGCCACACCUCAUUGCCUCAUGAACAAGCAGCAAAUGCCUCAAUGACAGUAUAUGACGAGGAGUGGUCAGGCAGUUCUGAUCAUGGCAUAAGUACAGAUGACUCAACUCAUAGUUCUCACAACACCUUUAGCAGAGAGAGAUCUCAACAGGCUUCAGAUACUGAGAUGGAAAAGCUCAAGGCUGAGCUUGUUGCUUUGGCUAGGCAGGCAGAUGUCUCGGAGUUGGAAUUACAGACCCUUCGAAAGCAAAUUGUAAAAGAGAGCAAAAGGGGGCAGGAUCUCUCAAGAGAGAUUGCUAACAUCAAAGAUGAGAGAGAUGCACUCAAGUCAGAAUGCGAGAAACUCAAGGCCUUCCAUAAACGUAUGGUUGAGGCAAAAGCUAAAAACAAGUUUCAGUCAGAGGGUGGAGAUGUCCGUGCUCUUGCUGAAGAAAUCAGACAAGAAUUGACCUAUGAGAAGGACCUGAAUGCCAAUCUUCGGUUACAACUGCAGAAAACGCAGGAAUCUAAAACGGAGUUGAUUCUUGCUGUAAGGGACCUAGAUGAAAUGUUGGAAGGAAAGAACAGGGAAAUAUCUGAUCUUUCCAACAAAAUAGGAUCCUGUGAGAAUGCUGAAGAGUUGAAGGUUAAUCACUUGAAAUGUGAGACAGAUGAUGAUGAAGAGCAGAGAGCACUGGUAGAGCUUGUUAAGGAGCACAGUGAUGCCAAAGAAACAUACUUGAUGGAGCGAAAGAUCAUAGACCUAUAUGGGGAAAUAGAGAUUUAUAGGAGGGAUAAAGAUGAGCUAGAAAUGCAGAUGGAGCAACUAGCACUUGAUUAUGAAAUUUUGAAGCAGGAAAACCAUGACAUGUCAUAUAAACUGGAGCAAAGUCAACUGCAAGAACAACUGAAGAUACAAUAUGAAUGUCCAUUUCCUCCUACUGGCAUAACCCAACUAGAAGACCAUAUUGAGAGCUUGGAAAACGAAUUGAAGAAGCAGUCGAAAGAAUUGUCAGAUUCUUUGGCUACCAUAAGAGAUCUUGAAAUCCAUAUUACAAGCUUGGAGGAAGAAAUGGAGAAGCAGGCGCAGGGAUUUGAAGCUGAUCUGGAAGCUGUGACACAUGCCAAAGUUGAGCAGGAGCAAAGAGCCAUCCGAGCAGAGGACGCCUUGCAAAAGACAAGAUGGAGAAAUGCUAGUACAGCUGAGAGGCUUCAGGAGGAAUUUAGCAGGCUCUCAGUGCAAAUGGCCUCUACAUUUGAUGCAAAUGAGAAGGUGGCUAUGAAGGCAUUGAAGGAAGCUAAUGAACUGCGUUGGCAGAAGAGUCAACUGGAGGAAAUUCUCCAGAAAGUCAAACAAGAGCUUCAGACAGUUAGAGAUGAUUACGAGGCAAGAAUACGGGAGCUGUCCAACCAAAUAGAUAUGAACACGUGCCAGAUAGAGCAAAUGUUGGUGGAAAUUGAUAAUGAGUCCAAGCAGCUUGAAUAUCAGAAGCAGCAUGGCGAAGAAGUUAGCAGGGCUUUCUCUGAGGAGAUUGGAAUGCUCAAAACAGAGAUCAGAAGGCUCAUUGCUGAGAAUAUAUGCCUUUCUGAACAAACAGAACAGCAAGAAAUUUCUAGAGCAGAAUUCGAACAUAUGAAGGCAUCAAUUAAGGAAUCUGAGAUGUUGGUACAAAGAGCAAAUGUAGAAAGAAAUGAACUGGUGAGCACAAUUGCUUUGCUGAAGAAAGAAGCAAAGAAAUCUCUGGAGGAGCUAAGUAGAAUUAGGCACCUCAAGGAUGAGAAAGAGGCAACAGUUGGUUUCUUACAAUCAGAGAUGGAAACGCUUAAAGCUCAGUGUGCUGAUUUGAAAAAUUCCUCGUUUGAAGAUGAGGUUGAGAAGGAGAAACUCAGGAAGCAGAUCUUCCAAUUAAAAAACGACUUGAGGAAGAAGGACGAUACAUUCACCAAUAUAGAGAAGAAGCUCAAGGAUAGUAGUGGGCGCACGGUUUCUGAUGGAGCUAAAAAUACUUUGAAAAACAAUAAAUCAGCUCCAGUUCCCCAUGGUUCAAAAGAAGUUGCAACUCUGAGGGAGAAGAUAAAAUUGCUUGAGGGAGAGAUAAAGUUAAAGGAAACUUCCCUGGAAACCUCAACAAACUCAUUUUUGGAGAAGGAAAAGGAUCUUCAAAACAAAAUUGAAGAAUUAGAGAACAGGGUGGGAGAACUCAAUCAGAUUAGUUCAUUUCAAAAGGUCAUUAUAGAUGCAAGUGGCAUCAUUUCAAACAGCGGGGUACCUGAAGAAGCAACAGCUGCGGAUGACCCUAUGAACAGUACAGCUUGCAUGCCGAAAGAAAAUGGGAACACAUGGUCAAAAUUCAAGAGCAUUGAUGAAACUUCAUCAGAGAAAGAACUGAUAAAACACUCCAGUGUUAGUAAGAAUGACGUAAAUCUUGAUUUAAUUGCUGAAUUGGCGUCAUUAAAGGAGAAGAACGAUUCAAUGGAAAGUGAACUAAACGAGAUGCAAGAGAGAUAUUCAGAAAUAAGUCUCAAGUUUGCAGAGGUAGAAGGUGAAAGACAAAAGCUUGUAAUGACAGUACGCAACCUCAAGAUUGCUAUGAAGAGAUACUAACAUUUUCUUUUUUAUAUACCUGAGUAUAUAUACUGUGUACAGUUAGAGUCGCAUGGUGUAUACCAAAUGAGAGAAUUCCGAUGUGCAAUUCCAUCAUAGUGAUGAGAAAUGAUAAUUAUAAUCGUGAGUGUGUAAAUGUCAUGCAAUCACUUCGAAAAAGUGAAUAAAUAUGGGAUCCAUAUGAAAAUUUUUAAUUAUGGACCUCACUUUUUUUCAAAGCGACUGCACGACACUUCCGUAUUUCACGACUAUACGUAACAUUAUUUGUAAAUUAAUAUGUUCAUCCGUACCAUAUAUAUAAUUUUUUUUUUUUCUCUCA